GGGUCCGUGGCGGGAGACAGAGAGGAGCAGGGUAAUAUGACUCAGGAAGAGAGAAUAUUCGUUUCGAUCAGAGUAAGGCCUUUGAAUGAGAGAGAAAGAGCGAGGCACGAUGUGUCCGAUUGGGAAUGCGUUUCUGGUCACACUCUCAGAUUCAAGGGCAACGGCCAUGCAGAACAGCGAGCAUUGUCUACGGAUUCCUACACGUUUGACAGGGUAUUCGGGGAUAGGUGCAACACAAAGCAGGUUUAUGAACAAGGGAUUAAGGAAGUUGCCCUUUCAGUAGUUAAUGGAAUCAACUCUAGCAUUUUUGCAUACGGGCAAACAAGCAGUGGAAAGACGUAUACCAUGACUGGAAUUACUGAAUAUGCUGUAAGGGAUAUAUAUCAAUACAUAGAGAAGCGUAAAGACAGAGAAUUUGUUGUGAAGUUCUCUGCCAUGGAGAUUUACAAUGAAGCUGUCAGGGACCUUCUCAAUGCAGGUGGUACCUCACUAAGACUCCUAGAUGAUCCAGAGAAAGGGACUUUUGUGGAGAAACUUACGGAGGAGACUCUGAGAGAGAGGAGCCAGUUGCAGCAACUCCUUUCAAUAUGUGCAGCUGAAAGGACAACGGAAGAGACAGCCAUGAAUGAAACUAGCUCCAGAUCUCACCAAAUUCUUCGAUUGGUAUUUACUUUAUCAUUAAUUGAAAGUAAUCCUAGUAAUUUUGCUGCAACCGCAAGAUCUGGCACGCUCACCGCCAAUGUGAAUUUUGUUGAUCUAGCUGGAAGUGAGCGCGCUUCUCAGGCUUUGUCAGCUGGCACAAGAUUGAGAGAAGGAAGCCACAUAAAUCGCAGUUUACUGACCCUAGGAACUGUAAUUCGGAAACUAAGCAAGGGAAGAAAUGAACACAUACCUUACAGAGACUCUAAGCUUACUCGCAUUCUGCAUAACUCUUUAGGAGGUAAUGCCAGAACAGCGAUAAUUUGUACCAUUAGUCCUGCGCGGAGCCAGAUUGAGCAAUCAAGAAAUACUCUGCUUUUUGCCGGUUGCGCAAAACAGGUGGCUACUAAUGCUCGGAUCAAUCUAGUGAUGUCAGACAAAGUUUUGGUAAAGCAACUGCAAAGGGAAUUGGCUAGAUUGGAGAAUGAGUUGAGGAAGUUCACCCCAAAUACCGUCUUACUUAAGGAGAGAGAACUUCAAAUUGAGCAGAUGGAUAAAGAGAUCAAAGAAUUGACUCGGCAACGUGAUCAAUUUCAAUCUCAUGUUGAAAAUUUUCGUCAUUCUGCUGGGAAAGAUAGGGUUUCAAGAGUAGAUAAAGAUUCAGCCUCAGAAUCGUCACGUGUUGCCAAAAAUCUUCCCAGGAUGAAUAGCAUAUCUGAGAAUCUUGACACAACGACUAAUUUGUCUAUUUCACAUGAGCACCUUUUACAGCAAACUGAGAAUUCUGAAGACUACUUUCUCUUGGAUGGAAGUUCUCCCACGUUUGGUGGGCCUGAUCCAUGUCAAGGUUGGGAGGAGAUGGCGAGCAGAGCUGAAUCUCAAGAUAACUGCGAGGAAGUUAGCAAAGCUGAAUCUCAAGAUAACUGCGAGGAAGUUAGCAAAGCUGAAUCUGAGGAUAUCUGCAAGGAAGUUAGCAGCGACGAAUAUGAAGAUAACUGCAGGGAAGUUCCAUGUAUUGAAAUAAAAGAAGUGGAAAAAGACCGACAAACAGAUCUUAAUACCCCUAUUCCUGUUUUUGAAGAAAAUGGAGGAGUAUCACCCACGAUGGACAUCGAUGCUGAAUCAUCCUUGGGGGGAAAUUUACCUACGACACAAGUUGUGGAUGUAGAUGCUAAAUCAUUCUCCGGGGAAAAUUCACCCAUGAUAAAAGUUGUGAACGUAGAUGCUAGAUCAUCCUCAGGGAAUGGGCAGAAUGGACAUUGUGAGUCGAUUCAUGUUGCCGAAAAUGAUAGCCAAGAUAACCUCUCAGAGAAAUCCAGUGGGUCUUCUGAAUCCGAGCCACACAUUUUGGCUCCCAUGUCUCUUCCUCAAACAGAUGAGGUGGAUCAGGAAAAUUCAGCACAUCCUCAGGUCAGCAAGUUGGAGCAGAAUGCAUCGCCUUCUCGGUUUAAUAAGCUGAACCAGGAACCUGCAUCACCUCCUCAGUUCGAUGAGCAAGAGCUUAAGACUACUUUGCCUCCUAAACUUGAUGAGCAGGAACAGGUAUCGGUCACUUUACCAGAUGAGGUCGAUAGGGAAAAUGCCACUAGUUUGGCUUGCUUUCAGGACAACCAACCUGAAUCUAAGUUACAUGCUACAAAAAGAAAGUCCUCCAGAAAAUAUUCUGCAGUUCACGAUAUGAAUGCUUCAGUUGAAGACGUAGAAUCCGCUUGGGACUCUGAUGCGGAGGAUACUGCUAGCGUUCUCAAUUUUGUUGUGGCAAUGAACCAAAAGGCUAAGAUAAAGCCAUUGAACUGCGACUUGGAUGAUAUUAUGGUACGAGCAAGGAAAUCAGGGAUCAGUAAACGUGUGAACCAAAUAAAAGGUAUCAGUUUCCAUGGAGUUCCGGGGGCUUUGGUGCCUUAUGAUUUUGAGAGGCAGCAGAGAGAUAUAAUCCAACUUUGGGAUGCAUGUAAUGUGCCGCUGGUGCAUAGAACCUAUUUUUUUCUUCUCAUCAAAGGUGAACUUUCGGAUUCUGUGUACUUGGAUGUAGAGCUCAGACGUUUGUCUUUCCUUAAGGACACCUUUUUUGGUGGAACUAGCAUUACGGGUGAUGGUCGGGAUGUCACCCCUAAUUCAAGCCUGACGUCACUUAAUCGUGAGAGGAAAAUGCUAAGUAAGCACGUGCAUAAGAAGUUUUCGAGGAAGGAAAGAGAGGAACUUUACCAGAAGUGGGGUAUUGAUUUGAAGUCUAAGCACAGAAGUGUACAAUUGGCAUGGCUCGUAUGGACGAACACAAAAGAUCUGACCCACGUAAGGGAAAGUGCAGCACUUGUUGCAAAGCUUGUUGGUUUUAUAAACUCGGGUGAGGCCACAAAGAAAACAUUUGGAUUUGGCUUCUUAACCCGUCGUAAGACCAAGAAUGAUUCCACUUGGAAGGACACAAUGUCUACUGUAUUAUAG